CAGCAGCAGCAGCAGCGGAGGGGGCAUCGCCCGGCCCGGCCGCCGCCGCAGUCCCGCCGCGGGGACACCCUUCCUAUGGGACGACAAGUGAAGGGCUGCUGCCGCCGCCCGCUGCCCGGCCCCCCCCGAGCCUCGGCGCUUCGGCGCGGCAGCGGCAGCUGCUAAAACCUGUGCCGCUCGCACAACUUCGCCGGCUUCGAGCAUCCUCCCGCCGGGGCUCGGGGGCUCGGUUCCCCCCCGUUGCUGCCUCUUUGCGUCCGCCUUUUUGGAAGAAGCGGCGGUGGCCGAGGUGCUAUUCCUCCGUCGGCGCUUUAGCCGCCUCCAGACUUAUUCUCCUCCAGACUUUCCCCUUCUGGGGGAGGGAGGUGGUUUCCUGAUCUGAAGUGCAAAGAAAAGUCAGUGGGAUUCCCCUCCUUCCUUCUCCCCCCACCCACCCCCCCCCCACCCCCGGUUUGGGUGCAUUCACACGCUCCCUCAGGCAUGAUGCUCAAGAUGCUGCCGUUUAAGCUGCUGCUGGUGGCCGUGGUUCUGUGCUUCUUCGAGGGGGAUGCCAAGUUUGGGGAGAGCGGCGCCCGGAGGAGAAGGUGCCUCAACGGGACCCCGCCGCGGCGGCUGAAGAAGCGGGACCGGCGGGUGCUGUCCCCGGAGGCCCCGGGCGGCGGGGAGGCGAUGUGCCGCGGCCUCUACCCCCGCCUGUCCUGCUGCUCCCGCUCCGAGGCGCAGGGACUACCGCACGGCGAGGCCAAGGUCCUUUCUGUUACCAACAACACAGAAUGUGGAAAGCUACUGGAGGAAAUCAAGUGUGCACACUGCUCACCUCACGCUCAGAACCUAUUCCACUCACCUGAGAAAGGGGAAACUCCUGAAAAAGAACUAAUGCUUCCCUACCUGUGCAAAGACUAUUGUAAAGAAUUCUAUUACACCUGCAGAGGUCAUAUACCAGGUUUCCUCCAAACUACAGCUGAUGAGUUUUGCUAUUACUAUGCAAGAAAAGAUGGUGGUGUGUGCUUUCCAGAUUUUCCAAGAAAACAAGUGCGAGGGCCGGCUUCUAACUCCCUGGACCACAUGGAAGAAUAUGACAAAGAGGAAGAGAUCAGCAGAAAACACAAGCACAACUGCUUCUGUAUUCAGGAGGUUGUGAGCGGACUAAGGCAACCUGUUGGAGCAGUACAUUGUGGGGAUGGAUCCCAUCGCCUCUUUAUUCUUGAGAAAGAAGGAUACGUGAAGAUUUUUACUCCCGAAGGAGACAUACUCAAGGAGCCUUUUUUGGAUAUACACAAGCUUGUUCAAAGUGGAAUAAAGGGAGGAGAUGAAAGAGGACUGUUAAGCCUUGCAUUCCACCCCAAUUACAAGAAAAAUGGAAAGCUGUACGUGUCUUAUACCACCAACCAAGAACGGUGGGCUAUUGGACCUCAUGACCACAUCCUUAGGGUCGUGGAGUACACAGUAUCCAGGAAAAAUCCACACCAAGUUGACAUGAGGACAGCAAGAGUGUUUUUAGAAGUAGCAGAACUACAUCGAAAACAUCUAGGAGGACAGCUGCUGUUUGGCCCAGAUGGUUUCCUGUACAUUUUUCUUGGAGAUGGCAUGAUCACUCUGGAUGACAUGGAGGAGAUGGAUGGUUUAAGUGAUUUUACAGGUUCUGUACUGCGCCUCGAUGUCAAUACUGACUUGUGCAAUGUGCCUUAUUCCAUCCCACGGAGCAACCCACACUUCAAUAGCACAAACCAACCUCCUGAGAUUUUUGCACAUGGACUCCACAAUCCAGGCCGGUGUGCUGUGGACCGGCACCCAACAGAUGUAAACAUCAAUUUAACUAUACUUUGUUCAGAUUCAAAUGGAAAGAACAGAUCUUCAGCAAGGAUCUUACAAAUAAUAAAGGGCAAAGACUAUGAGAGUGAGCCCUCACUUCUAGAAUUCAAACCAUUUAGCAGUGGGUCCCUGGUUGGUGGAUUUGUGUAUCGGGGCUGCCAGUCGGAGAGGCUCUAUGGAAGUUAUGUGUUUGGAGACCGCAAUGGAAAUUUUUUAACACUGCAACAGAGUCCUGCAACCAAACAGUGGCAAGAGAAACCCCUCUGUCUUGGCAACACCGGCUCAUGUAGAGGUUUCUUUUCAGGCCCUGUCUUGGGAUUUGGAGAAGAUGAAUUAGGUGAGAUUUACAUAUUAUCAAGCAGUAAAAGUAUGACACAGCCUCACAGUGGAAAACUCUACAAGAUUGUUGACCCAAAAAGGCCUUUAAUCCCUGAAGAAUGCAAAAGAACAGCUCAGCCUGCACAGAUACUGACAUCUGAAUGCUCAAGGCAUUGUCGGAACGGGCACUGCACUCCCACAGGAAAAUGCUGCUGUAAUCAAGGCUGGGAAGGAGAGUUCUGCAGAACUGCAAAAUGUGACCCAGCCUGUCGACAUGGAGGUGUCUGUGUAAGGCCCAAUAAAUGCUUAUGUAAAAAAGGCUAUCUGGGCCCCCAGUGUGAACAAGUGGAUAGAAACAUCCGAAGAGUGACAAGGGCAGGUAUUCUUGAUCAGAUCCUAGACAUGACAUCUUAUUUGCUGGAUCUAACCAGCUACAUUGUAUAGUUUCUGGGACUAUUUGGAAACUCCACUUUCAACGGGCAUUUGUUUUGAAUCCUGUCAUUUUUGAAAGACUGUUAUCCUGCAACAAACACCGGUGAUUUGAUUUACUUUAUUAAUUUAAGUGUAAUACCCACCACUGUGCAGAAAAAUCCCUUGUAUGUGUGUAAAUAUUCCUGCACGUCUCCACAGACGUCCCGGUAUCCAACACGCGCACACAUACACACACAGCCGCUAUCACAAGUGCGGUUUUGCAGAGAGUGGAAUCUUUUUUUAAUAUUUAUUUCUUCAUGAGAAAUAGUUUACGAAGCAAGUCCACUGUAAAACACAUUUUCAUCAAAGGACUAUUCCUGAUGUCUUAAUGGAUUCUUUGACAUCCCAGAAAUCUCGUUCCCGUACCUAUCUGAUUAGAGCAGUGAGAAAGCAGUUUCCAAACAUCGCUGUAUAAACUGCUGGACUUAAUAAAAUCCAGUUGUAACAGUUUCUAAGGUAAACUGAACUCCAUCAUGAGACAAUAUUUCAGAACUGCUUAAUGCAUUCCUAUCUAGGCAAUUCAUUGUAAGACUGUAACCUUCACUUUCAUCAAUGUAACUCUAUUACAGAAUGUUAUUUCUUUAUCUAGCAUAGAUGCAAAAAUCUGGUUAUCGCAGCUUAAUAUCAAGAUUGUUUCAAGUGUUUAAUAAUUAAAUUAUAUUCGCAUAUUUCAAAACCAGUCAUCCUAGAAGGUCUGCUUUUUAUCAUAUUUUUUAUUUAACGAUGGGCACUGGGUUCAUGUUACAUAUUUAUAUUAUUUUAUUUUAUUUUUAUAAUAUAGAAAUCACCUAGAUGAGACAGCUUUACCAUGUCCUGUAAAAUACUAAAGUUACAUUUUUCACCAACUUAAUUGGAAAGACUGGGAAAGAGAGAGCAAACACACACACACUUCAACGUGUUGUGGAUCUAAUCUAGAAAUGUACCUUUGUGUCAACUUGUGUUCAUUUACACAGGAUGAGAAAAAAAGCAGACGCCCAGCAACCAUAAUAAAAUUACAGCAUGUGUUAAAAGUGUCCAUAAAGUGAUUUCCACUGUAGCAGGGCAGUGUAGGAGGUGAUACACAGGCAGACUCUGCUGAUGCCACACGGAAUGGGGCGUCCCGGAGCGAGAGCUCCCACAAGCGCGUGCUGCCUGUGCACGGUGUCACUUGUACAAAACCUACAGCACUUCCUGCCAAACACAGCUCUAAAUAUACCUUGGAGAGCCAACAGUAAACCCAGUCUUUGUAAAUAUAUCAAUAAAUGUGGUGUACAAGCUGUAGUCAGGUUUUCUAAGGUAUUAAUUAAUUACAUGUAUCUGCAGAACUGGUGCCCUCAUCUCCAGCUCUAAUUGCAGUUUCUUCGUUCACUACUUACCAACUAUCAGGUUUCCUUUGCACUACCUGAAAACUACCUACUGCAGCUUUUACAAAAUCUUGCUGAAGAAAAGAAAGCAGAGCAGCCCCAGUGUGCACAUCCUGUGGUCCUUAGAAGUAGCUGCUCAUGCAUCAAAGAUUGACAACACUUUAGCCAAACAUAUCUAAAAGAGUUUUACCGUGUCAAUCUCCAGUAGUAAAAUCAUCUCUCCAGGCCAGCAACAUGCAGCAAAUUUUCCCUUAUAGAAAUUUAUCAGUGUUCAUUUAGUAAGUAUUAAAUCUGAAAUUACAGCAUAUCUGAUACUUGCAUUUCUGUGUCUCACACAUUCCAGCUCCGAGGAACAAUUACAUUCGCCUUCCAUAUAUGUUUGCCUGGGUUUCGAGUGACCUCAUGCCAAAUGGAAAUUGGUUGAGAAAUCUUGGUUAAGUGCUCAGAGAACAAUGGUCUGCAUUAAAAAGUGCAUGCAUAAUUUUGCACAAUGUAGAUUCAACUGACAGUCCAUUGAAAGACAUCUUGGGAUUAAAUGAGCAUGAAGACCAAAUUGCCCUCUCACCCCAGAAAAGGGUGGUCCCUUAUAGUCACACGAACACUUCAUUGGCUAAGCAGUGUGACCAAUCUUAAAAUGAACCCCGUGGUAGCAUCUGUAGGUUAAUAGCAGCUCUUUGUCUCCUCUGCUUUCUGCCUUUAGUCUUCCCCCUGAAUUCCAUCACAAAAAGUUUUACAAUUAAAAAAUGUCCUGACAACCAUUUUUGUAAAUUGACCUUAGCAUCUAAUCUUUCCUUAUUCAACGUGGGUGACAAAAAUGUGAACUUCUCAUGAAUGAGCCAGCUGUCUAAAUCUGUCACACAGCACGGUUUUAUUACACUCUUCAUAAUCAGCAAGGCAAGAAAGCUGCUGAAGUAUUUUACUUUCAGUUUAAAUAUCUGACAGAGAUAACAUCUUUAACACUUUCUUCAAUGAAAUAUAUUUAAAAAUAAACCCAACUUUUACUCCACUGUGACAUGUUAUUUUCAACAACCAGCUGGGAAGAUGUGAUAGUUCUUUUUCUCACUGCUUAAUGCCUUAAAAAAUACCACAGAUGGCACCUAAAUUGAAGAUUCACAAUACUGUAUAUAUGCCACAGUCAUGCAGAGAACAGAAAACAAUGUUCUUGGAGUUUUGAUCUUAAUAAUAAAUACAAUUUAGUUUACUAGGGAAAUCCAAAAAUAAAACUCCAGUAAGAGCUAAGAACGAAAUCCAGGCCUCAUUCAAAUCAAUGACAAAAACUCACAUUGACUGUGCUGCAUCCAGAAAAUCACUUUCAAAAUUAAACAAAAUUUAAGCAAAAUUCUUCACUUUGUUUUAUUUUAAAAAAAAUAAAAAUCUACUCUGAGUCAUUCCAUAAAAACUUCAAAACUAAGAUAUAAUCUAAGUGAAGGUUAGGGGGAGAGGGGAGAUACUUUGUGAAACUGUUUUGGUUCAUUUUUAAAUCAUCUUUUAUAUUGUGUGAAAGCAGGCAUCCUUCUUCAUAGGAAUUCCCAGUGGAAAAGAAGUAUUCUCAUAAAAAAAAAACCAAACCAAAAAAAGACACAAAAAAUCCUAGUUGCUUAUUUAUCAAAAGAAAAUUAUACUAUUAAAAAGAGUGAGCAAACCCCAGGCCUAGCCACCCAAGAUGCUGAUAUAAAAAGGGCAACUGCAGUAAUUGCCCUGAGAAUUGGCAUACAAAAAAACAAAAAAAAAAGGGUCUGUAGAAAGCCUGUUGCCAGUUAGGUCAUUCUGCAGCCAUUCUCACACAACCUCCGAGAGUGUCCCAGAAUAAAACUGAGCUUAUAAAUGAAACUAGAUAAAUGAGGCAAUUAGAUAAGGGCCUCCAGAAGGGAUUUUAUGUAUGUGUUCGAGUUGUCUCUGUCUCUGUGUCUCUCUCCCCUAAUCUUUUAUUCCAUUCAUUUCUUCCUUUAUUCGGAGAUACUGCCUCUCUGUUCCCAACACAUUGUACAUUUCAAGCAUUCUUUCAGCCUUUCUGCUGCUAAAGGAGAACAAACGUACCUGUUGCAAGAAACAUGACUCUCCCUGAUGCCUGCUAGUGUUAAACCCCUGCUUUAUUAUUUUGGGACAGAAAACUCAUCCUUCUCUUUUUAAAUGCUGCUGAUCAGAAAGAAGGCAUAUUAUUGGAAUAUAAGGAGAAACAGCUUUACUCCAUAGAUAAAAAGAUGUUAUGCAAAAUCAGCUCCAAAUCGUUUCACUCCGUUUCAGAAAAACAGUAAACUCAUUUUUCUGCUGUGCCCAAUAAGAAAUACUAACUCACAGCCUCCCCCUCUGGGAAUAAAUUUCUGUUAACAGACAGGGACACAGAUCCAAACCCUUUUUACCUUUAAGUCCUCGCACUUUAUUCUAUUUCAUUGCAAACGAAGUGUAAGACAGGUAUAAAUAAGAAUAUAAAUUCUGUAUCACUGGCAUGACACCUCUGUGUAUCUAUCUCCCUUUUUCACUCACUUGUCCAUAUUUGGUUUUGCAGCUCCUUCCUUUCUAGACCCACAGCAAACAUCAGAAAUCCCUGGUUGCUGCAGGGGCUUAUUAUUUUUGAAAGUGCCUGACAAAUGUGUGCAUCAAAAUCUUCCUAGCAGGCUGAGGCUUUUAUCUUAUGGUCAUUCCACAGAAUUUUGUUCUUUUAUAGUGACUUCAAGUACUGUGUCUUAGCUGGGCAUUUACAGUUCAGGUGUACCAGCCUCACACAGCUCAGACACAGACAGACUGAAGCUGGAGGAAGGCAGAAAUCACUUCAGUUAUUGUGCUUAUCACAAAGUUACCCAUUGCAGUGACCAGUGAUCAGAUGGCUUAUCUGGAAACCAGAAUGAUGUCCCUGGCAUGAUGAAAUGUAGAUUUUCAGUACACAUUUUCUCUAAUAUGGGUUGAGAAACAAGGACCUUUUCCUGUAAAAUUAUGCAAAAUGGAGACACUAGAAAUAUGAACAAGCAAUUCCACAGGUGUAAAGUUGCACUAUGGUGAAAGUGAGUAUUCAUACAUGUAGCUCUAAUUGCAUCCAUGAAAUAGGCAUUUGCAAGAUUAGUUCUACAUGGAAAAAACAAGUCCAAGAAUAGCCUGUUCUGCUAAUUUCUCCGUAAUCAUGUAAAUUCUUAAAAGAUAUUAAUGCAUUUUAAUUUACUAUCCUUGAGAUUAUCUAUGUAUCAGUUCAUUUAGGAAUUAUACCACUUUGAUCUUCUGUCCAACUUAAAAGUUGUCCUUUGUCUUGCAAAAAACAGGAGGAAGGCAAGUGGAAAAUAAAAACUAAUUAUAUUCAUUUUGCAAUAUUAAAAAAAUAUAAAGUAACAUUCUCAUAAAAAAUGCAGUCAACCCUUUAAAUUUAUUUCAAUUCAAAUUUGCAGAAAAUUUGUACCAAAUAAUUUGGGUUCUGGCUACAAAAACCUGAUAAAUAAAUAUUUCCCUAAGUAGUUUUGGGAUAAAAUGUUUCAGAAACAUUGAAAAAAAUUUAAGACUGUUUUGCUGAAAAAUUUGUUCUUUUCAACAACAGAAUAAUUCAGUGAAAUAAGGCAUGUACUUUUUGGGAUAUAGGUGUGAAACAGCAGAAGCCACCUGAAAGCUUAGUACAGGAUUACUUUAAUCUUUCAGGGCCUGACUCCAAGCCCAUUGAUGUCAACUGAUAAUCUCCUAUUGACUUCAUUAGUUAUAGGAUUAAGUCCUUAAGAGAUAUCCACUUAGCUGGCAGAAGAUCUUAACUUCAGACAUCAGUGCACACAUGACCUCUCUGUGUCUGCAUCUGCAGCAUUAGACUGAUGUUUUGUGGACUAAGAGUGCAGACCCAGCCCUGCAGAAAGCCCAGAAGAGCUUUCCAAUCCUCCUGGGUUUCCUUAUAGGUAUUGCCAGCAUUUACACAAAAUCUACCUGACUUCUUGGUACUUUUUAAAUGUCCAGCAAUCAGCUGAUGUGAAAGUUCACGGUGACUCACCUGCUCCCCUGAGCUCUCAGUCAUGAAAAAGUAAUGAAAAAGAUUAUUCUAUGCUACAGACAUUCACAAACAUUUAAUAUUCUGGCUUAUAGACAAAUAAUGUGUGUCUUUACCUGUUCUCUACUGCACACAGACAGGCUUUGAUAAACAAAAUUGUCAGACAUUCUUGCACAGACAGCAGGCAUUACCAUAGCAGAGUUUUAUUUCUACUGAUAAAAAACAACUUUCCCUCAUUUCCAUCAACACAUUAUCAAGAGGGUCCAGUGUAUCAUAUAGUAAAGGUCCUUCUGUGGUCUAUGAGAUUUUUCCUAUUUAUUUUCAUUUUGUGAUGAAGUAAGCAAAUAUUUUAAGUGAAAAACUGCUUAAAUUCACAGGAAAUUUCAGAAAGGCAGCAUCAGCUAAAGCAUGUGAAUAUACACAAUGGCUGUGCUCACAGUAUUCUUGGAAAAAAGGCAGAGAGAGUUGGCUGGUUUGGAGACAGGGUUUUUUUUUUAUGUAGGAUACAUUUUACAGUAGGACAAAAGGGUGUUUUGCAUCACAAGGCAGUAACAAACAACCCCAUUUUCUGAGUGUUCCUAGGAGGAGCUGCUAAAAAGAAAAUGCUCUAGGCAGUCAAAACUGGUGUGCAGAAUGGACUUAAUUCAUAUCAAGACAUACUGAGACCAGAAACCACCUGGUAUUAAGUCACCAGCUGUAGCUUGUAGUGCUCUCCAUUAGUACCAGAAGCAGUAACCCUACCCUGUGAAUUAUCCAGAAAUGCUAUUAGCUGCCCCCCACAAAAUAUACUGCAGAAUUAAAACUUCAAUUCCCCUUUGAGGACUAUUAGGUUGUAAUGGGAGCCAAGCAGAAAAGGAAGUAACAAACUUCUGUCACUUGAGAACAUUACUGUAGUGGCAUUCCCCUGUUCAACUAGUUUUAUUUCAUAGUACCUGUCAGGAAUUGUAUGUACAUUUAAGAUGUGGGAAAAUAGCCUAGAAAAUAUCACUCAAACUGGGUUUAAGCAUCUUCAGUAAGCUGAAUUAUACUACUAAGCAUAUACAGGCACCGAUCUAGCUGGGAGCACAGGAGUAAUUUUAAGCAUAUGAUCCUCACUGAAGUCAUGUGCUGAACAUUAUUAAUAUAAUUAAAUGCUUUCUUGGUCUGAGACCUUGCAAGUCUACCUACACGGACUCCAUAUGCUAUAUGUGCAUUUCUUUUUGGGGAGACAGCAGGACUGAAGUUCCCAACAAGAGAAUUCAGUUGCUGUCUGUCACAAAUUCUAUAUAACCUGAAAUAAUCGCAUCUUUGUGCCUCCACUUCCCAUCCAAAAAUUAGUGAAAUCAAUCCUUGUAAAGCGCUUUGAGCUCUUCAAAUGAAAAGUGCUAUAAAAACUACAAAUUAUUAUUAUAUUAUUGAACACCAUGUAUGUAUACACACUAUUAUGUAAUAUAUAAUAUAUGUAUAAUGCAUAUAAAUUCUAACAAAUGUAUUUGUGUAAUAUCUGAGAAAUGGAACAGUUGUAUCUGGAAGUGAUAAAUACAUAGAGUUGGAUUUAUUGUUAAUCUGUGGAUUUAAUGAUUUUUUUUUAGACAAAAGGAUGUUUAAGUGUAUAAUUUCUUUUCUUAAUUUAAUAUAUUUAUGUAAAUGCAUGCCUGAAGUUCUGAUUAGAUAGUUAUUCUGUGUCCCUUAAGCUAAUAAAAUAUAUUAAACUUUAUCUUACUAUAUAAGGUA